UGUAGCAAUCAGGCUCCGCUUCCCGGCGCUCUAACUGCCAGGCGCCGCCGCUCGAGGCGUCCCAACGGCCAGGCCCCGCCCCCACGUGCGUACGCGGCCCCGCCGAGCCGUGCGGACGCCCGCGUAAUCCCAGGCUGAGGUGGCCGCGACUCCGCCAACAUGGAGUUUUCGCAGAUACCGGAACUCAUGGGGCUGUCGCUGUUGCUUGGGCUGCUGGCCCUGAUGGCGACUGCGGCGGUAGCGCGCGGGUGGCUGCGCGCGGAGGACAGGAGCGGCCGGCCCGCCUGCCAAAAAGCAAAUGGAUUUCCAUCUGACAAAUCCUCAGGAUCCAAGAAGCAGAAACAGCAACAGCGGAUUCGCAAGGAGAAGCCUCAACAACACAACUUCACCCACCGCCUCCUGGCUGCAGCGCUGAAGAGCCACAGCGGGAACAUAUCUUGCAUGGACUUUAGCAGCAAUGGCAAAUACCUGGCCACCUGUGCAGAUGAUCGCACCGUCCGCAUCUGGAGCACCAAGGACUUCCUACAGCGGGAGCACCGCAGCAUGAGAGCCAAUGUGGAACUGGACCACGCCACCCUGGUGCGCUUCAGCCCUGACUGCAGAGCCUUCAUCGUCUGGCUGGCCAACGGGGACACCCUCCGUGUCUUCAAGAUGACCAAGCGGGAGGAUGGGGGCUACACCUUCACAGCCACCCCAGAGGAUUUCCCUAAAAAGCACAAGGCGCCUGUCAUCGACAUUGGCAUUGCUGACACAGGGAAGUUCAUCAUGACUGCCUCCAGUGACACCACUGUCCUCAUCUGGAGCCUGAAGGGUCAGGUGCUAUCUACCAUCAACACCAACCAGAUGAACAACACACAUGCUGCUGUAUCCCCCUGUGGCAGAUUUGUGGCCUCGUGUGGCUUCACUCCAGAUGUGAAGGUUUGGGAAGUCUGCUUUGGAAAGAAGGGGGAGUUCCAGGAGGUGGUGCGAGCCUUUGAACUAAAGGGCCACUCUGCGGCUGUGCUCUCGUUUGCCUUCUCCAACGACUCGCGGAGGAUGGCCUCUGUCUCCAAGGAUGGUACAUGGAAACUGUGGGAUACAGAUGUGGAAUACAAGAAGCAGCAGGACCCCUACUUACUGAGGACAGGCCGCUUUGAAGAGGCGGCGGGCGCCGCACUGUGCCGCCUGGCCCUCUCCCCUGACGCCCAGGUCUUGGCCUUGGCCAGUGGCAGCAGUAUUCAUCUCUACAAUACCCGGCGGGGCGAGAAGGAGGAGUGCUUUGAGCGGGUCCAUGGCGAGUGUAUCGCUGACUUGUCCUUUGACAUCACUGGCCGCUUUCUGGCCUCCUGUGGGGACCGGGCAGUGCGGCUCUUUCACAACACUCCUGGCCACCGGGCUGUGGUGGAGGAGAUGCAGGGCCUCCUGAAGCGGGCCUCCAAUGACAGCACCCGCCAGAGGCUGCAGCAGCAGCUAACCCAGGCCCAAGAGGCCCUGAAGAGCCUGGGUGUCCUCAAGAAGUGACUGGGAGGGCCUGGUGCAGAGGAUUGAGCAGGAGGGAUCUGGCCACCUGCUCCCACGCUGCUGCCACCUUUCUUCCCAGGUGGAAGCCUUUUGGAAGGGGUCUCCUGGCUUUCCCACUGGUGGCCUUUUUCCUGUUGAAACUACUCUUGCCUACUUAGAUCUCUCUCUCUUUUCUUGCUGGCUGUGACUCCUCCCCAACUAGUGACCAAGGUGCUUUUCUUCCUCUCAGGCCCAGUGGGUGGAAUCCAUCCCUCCCCUGUGCGGAGGACAGUGGUAGAGAAGAGAGAGAGAGAACAUGAUUUUUGGCUUUGUGGCAGCACUUCCUCACACCCAAAGAAGUUUGAAAUGUUUCAGAACAACCUAGGAACACCUGAGUACUAAGCAGCAGUUUUGCAAGGAUGGGAGACUGGGAUAGCUUCCUGUCACAGAACUGUGCUGUGGGGUCGGGGAAGGCUGAUCUCCAUUGAGUCAAGGCUCCUAACUCCAUCAAAAAGACACUAAGGGAUUUCAUUCUGGGCCUCAGUUCUGUUUGUAAGAUGGAGAAUAAUCCUGUCUGUGACCUGCUUGCAAAGAUGAUAUGAGGCUUAGAGAGUGUAAAGUCGCUAGGUCUAGAAGAAAAGUGGAAAAGAGUAAUACUAUCGUCCAAUGUCAUUAAAGUGGUAAAAAUGGGAACCAGUGUGCUUUGAAACCAAAUUAGACACACAUUCCUUGGGAAGGCAAAGUUUCCUGGGACUUGAUCGUACAUUUUAUAUGGUUGGGGCUCAUCUCUUUGGGAGAUGAUAUCCUGUCAGAAGACCUCUUUUCAGUUCGUCAGAUAUUUGAGUGCCUACUCUGCCCAAAUAAAUAUGUCCUGGGGAUUAAAUAUGAAGAAGACAUGGUUUCUGCCAUCAAAGAUGACUGGUGGGAGAGAGAGAUACAGACACAUGUAUUAAGUGCUUUCUGUUAGUUUAUUCAUAGCUACUGUUGUAAACGUCAAGGCAAGAGAGAGGACCAGAGCAAGACAGAGGCAGUGGGUAUUGAAGUUGAAGGGGUACAUUUGAUAAGAGAUUCGAUAUUGAGAAGUUUAAAUUUUUGAAUUUGAAGACUGCUUGGAGGUGGCAGGUAGGGGAAAUGAGGUGUCCAGGAAGACUUGAGUGUAGGGAAAAUUUAUUCAUCCCUGGUCAAACUCUUGAUCUCUCACAAAAACUGUGACCUCCCCGGAUUGCCCCCAGUCUGUCAAUGUUGGAACAAGCCACAACCUUGGAGUUAUCCUUGAUGACCCUCCUUCAUUAUCCCCUCUGUCUGUUCACCAAAACGCUCUUUUGGUUACACUCCAUGAGACAGCCCGAGGCUGCUGCUUCUCUCUGUCUUUUCUGUUACCAUCCUGGUCCUGUCCACUGUCACCUACUGGGCCACUAAAAUAUGGCUUCCUAACGGAUCUUCCUGCUUCCUCUGUUGCUUCAUUACCUUCUAUAUAGCAGAGUGAUCUUUUGAAAAUGUAAAUCAGAUCACAUUAUUCUCUAGUUAAAACCCCCCCAAGGCUUCCCAUCACACUUGAAAUAAAAUCCAAAAUUUUUUUUUUAA